GGAAUUUCACUUGGCAUUCAGAAAUCCCUGCUGGAAUUUUCCACCGAGAUAAGCAAGGGCGAAGGUUUCUGGAAAAGGCAGACCCUGUCAUUCCUGCUUAUCUCCAAGGCCUCGUGAGAUAAGAACCUUCCGGGGGAGCUCAGGUCAUGGCGCAGGUGGACGGUCCCCCGGCCAGCGCUGCCCCCGGCCAGCCUUGCGUGUCCAAGCUGGUUCUUCUAGGAAGCGGCUCUGUGGGCAAGUCCAGCCUGGCCCUCCGCUACGUGAAGCAGGAUUUCAAGACCGUCCUGCCCACCGUGGGAUGUGCGUUCUUCACAAAGGUGGUGGACGUGGGCGCCUCCUCCCUGAAGCUUGAGAUCUGGGACACAGCUGGGCAGGAGAAGUACCACAGCGUCUGCCAUCUUUACUUCAGGGGUGCCAACGCCGCGCUGCUGGUCUAUGACAUCACCCAGAAGGGCUCCUUCCACAGGGCGCAGCAGUGGCUGGCGGAGCUGGAGAAGGAGUUCGCCCCCGGGGAGGUCGUGGUGAUGCUGGUGGGCAACAAGACGGACCUGGGAGAGGAGCGGGAGGUGACGGUGCAGGAAGGGAAGGAGUUUGCCGAGAGCAAAGGCCUGCUCUUCAUGGAGACCUCGGCCAAGCUGGGCUGGCAGGUGUGCGAGGCCUUCGCCGCGGUGGCCCACGAGCUGCUGCAGAGACACAAAGCGGGGGCCGGCCCCACCCUGCCAGGGGGUGACGCGGUGGAUUUGAACUCGGGACCUGCCAGGCAGGUCAAGUGCUGUGCCCACUAGAAGCGGCCACCGCAGGAGAGCGGGAGGACGCCCCUGGCCUGGGGCCGUGGCCUCCGG